AACGUUAGCGAAACGUUAGCUGCCUGAACAUGUGGCAGGUGUUCUAGUCAGUUUUAAGCAUUAUGCUGGCAGAUACAUAAGCACAUUCGUGUAAUAAUGUGUUUAACAAUGUGGUGGAUGGUGCUCACUUUGGGUGUUGUUGGAGCUGCUCAGUCGUCGUGUACGGGGAUGGAGGACAUGUGUUCCAGUACUGUGGACAAACUCGUUGUGACGUUCGGGUCCUUGCAGCCAGCAUGCAAUGCACGUGUAACUGUACAAGACGCGGCUGUCAAACCGCGUAUAAACCUUCCCAGUGCAGCACAGGGAAGCAGAUACGUUCUUCUGAUGGUAGAUCCGGACGCUACAUGCUGGCUUCACUUUGCAGCAGUGGUGAAAAAGUCAGGAUCGAAUCUUGUUUAUGAAAAGGAGCUAAUUGGUUACAUGGGACCAUCACCACCCGUCGGUCAAGGAGCUCACAGAUACCAGUUCUUAUUGUGGGCGUGGCCAGGACCUGACGUGUCGAGUAUGAGUGUCAAUACCAACAUGCGGCGAGGAUUCGAGUUAAACGACUUCAAAACUAAAAAUCAUUUCGGUAAUCCGACUGCCGUAUUUCAGUUUAAAACGGAAAAUUAUUAGACCAAUGAAUUUAUCUAAAAACAAAGAAUGUGCAGUAAUAAAUAAUUCUACAGCUA